AUCGCUUCCUUAUUGCCAAACCUGCAAAGAAAGAGCUGUACUAAAUGCAGCGUAAUUUUGACCCAUGUUCAAUUAGCUGAGCGGCCCUAAGGGCACGAGGCUUCUGCGCGGGACUGUAAUGCUACACUGUCCUCCCUCUCCGACCAGUUCAUCCUCAGCAGCGAAGAGCUAUGGACCUGAAACCGUAGUGCUCUUCCAACACAGCAUAUCUGCAGUCACCUGCGACUCCAAUAGGCAAUCAAUAUUGAUAGAUAAAUUGUAAAGGAUUACAGCCAUAAGGCAAGACGUCGCGGGGGGAAGGCUGGAAUUAUGAAGCGCUGUCAAUAUGUCUAAGGCCACUGUUAAAAAGCUGCACUGGCGCUCGAAAGUGCAGGAGAGCUUCGUCCCUCUGGGCGGAGCCUCGGGAGAGCUUGGUGUGGCCAUUGGAGGUGGUGCAGAUUAUGGAGAGUUCCCAUUUGUUACAGCAGCACCUGGGGGUGGAGCCACUGUUGGUGACAUCAUCCUAGAGAUCGGCAGUACACCUGUCCUCGGAUUGACCUUGGGAGAUGUGAGAGGGGUUCUGAACUCAUGUCCGCAUCCCAUUCGGAUCAAAACAGUAUUACCAGGCUCAACUCUCUGUAAGGAUCUCAGACUUUACCUGAGCAAGUGUUUUACACCCGGAUCCAUGGACAGCCAACUCCAACAGGUCAUACGAGAGAACCUCUACCUGCGCGCUGUGCCCUGUACGACCAGGCAACCACGGGAUGGAGAGAUCUCAGGGGUGGAUUAUAACUUUGUGUCCAUUGAGGAAUUCUUCUCCCUGGAAGAGUCUGGAGCCCUGCUGGAAAGUGGGAAGUUUAAAGGGAACUAUUAUGGUACACCUCGGCCAGUCCACAUUGGUCCUGACAGCCCCCCCAUUACAUACCAGGAACAUCGAAAUCUCCUGAGGAACUUCCGUACUCGUAGCAAAUCGCUCAGCAACCUGGAAAAGGCAGUGGAGGAAGGUGAUAACAGCGAGGAAGACUCUGGUCUUUCAGCGGGGUCUGCAGGAGCCAGCAGUGCCCCUCCCACCACCAUAGUCUCACCUAAUCAGACUUGGGACUCAGGCAGUGGGCGGGAUGGAGGGGUUGCCAUGGAGAACGGAGGACGUGGUGGAGCAUUGCCUGAAAACUGGGAGCUGACGUUCAGUGACACGGGUGAACCCUAUUACAUCAACCAUAACUCAAAGAUCACAAGCUGGCUGGAUCCAAGGACUCAGGGCAAAGAGAUUGUCAGCAAGACCGAGUUACCUGCAUUCACAGACCAACCAUCUGAAUUGAAGGGCUAUUCCAUACACACCCGCCUGUCGAAAGGGCCUCGUGGGUUUGGCUUUAACAUUGUGGGUGGCAGUAGACCUCGAGAGUUCCUGCAGGUGUACAGCGUCACCCCUGGAGGCCCGUCUGCACUCAAAACAGCGGACAUCCUAGUUUACAUCAAUGACUCUUGUGUGCUGGGUCUGUCCCAUAAAGAAGUGGUAGAAAUGCUGAAAUCCGUCCCCAUGGGUCACAGUGUAGACGUGGUUCUCCGUCGAGGUUACCCCAUGCUCUAUAACCCUGAUGGCUGCCCCAAAACCAGCCUCUGCUCCCCUUCUGACCCCACCAGCACCAAAUCUGCGGCCCCCAGUUCCACUCAAACCCAGGUCCAGCAUGCUGAUGGACACCAGUAUGGCUUGGUGAAUCUCAACCGCUCCAUGUCCCACCACAACAACUUCUACCCCCGCAUGCAGAAAGAGUCCUUGGAUGCUAAUGGGAACACAGCACCCCUGCCUUCAUACUCAAUGGCCAAUGAAAAUGGAGUGGGAGGGACUUUAGGGUUGGGGGCGGUGCCUUCUUCAAAUGUCCCUCCAUCAGAGCGGAUGAGCUCCAGUCAUAGCGAUACGGAGGUCAGCUCAUUUGUCACACGCAGAGCUUCCCUUGUCCGAAGCUACAACAACAAUUCUCUUCCUGCUCCUUCUCACGCCCAUCAUAGUUCCAAGUCUUCCGAGAGCGAUCUCUCCUCUGCUGUGCUCUCGCUGCCCCAGCCUGAGGUGGGUCCUACCGCCCCGCCAGUAGCACCCAGCACCCAGCGGCCUCCAUUGCCCCAAACAUCUCUUGCUGUUGCACCCCCAAACGAGCACCCACCCUGUGGUUUCAACGGGUGUCCAGCCAACAAUCCCCUGCUACCUCUUCCAGGUGGCCUAGGGUCUCCUGGAGCCCCAGUUGGCGUUGGCUGCGGGGGAGUGGGUGAGCUGGUACCUGUGGCCUUGGGCAGGAGUGAGGGAGGGGGUAUGGGUUUCAGUGUGACGGCUGGGGGGCAGGGAGGGCAACUGGCGGUGGUGAAGAGAGUUUGGGACAGACGACAGUGCCACUCCCUACAGCCAGGGGACGCUAUUAUUAAAAUUAAUGGCGCUGAUGUACAGAGCCUCAGCUUCGCACAGGUGCAGCGAGUGCUGCAAGAACAUACCAAACAGGGUGAGGUGGCCUUACUGGUUUACAGAGGAGGUUCUCUUUGUUCCCCAGGCUCCCCAAAUGCCUAUAAGAGACCUCCUCCAUCCCUGGGCACCCCUGAUCUGACCUCGCCUUCCUCCGAUGGUGCUGUGCCCAGCCAGAACCCCCUCUCUCCCUCCUCGCCCUGCAGUGACCUCCCCAACCUGGUCCAAAGCACCAGCUUCCUGGACUCAGUGCCCGUGACCCUGACCCUAGAGCCCCGGAACUGGAUAGGAGUCGAGGAUGGACCUGCUCAGUGGAGCCGUACCGCUCCCUCUAAUCUCGGCUCAUUAUCCAAAAGCCAUGUAGAAACGAGGGGACCGAUCUCUUCCAGAGCGAUGGAUGUGGAGUUGAGACGGAGACCAGGAGAAGGAUUCGGGUUUGUCAUCGCAUCCCAGGAUGUAAUGAAUGGAACCUCGUCUCUGGUGUCUCACAGGUUUGUGACGGUGCGACGGGGCAGCCCAGCAGCACGCAGUGGUCAGAUCCAGCCGGGGGAUCAGCUGGAGGCCGUGGAGGGCAGAUCAGUGGUCACGCUGCCCCACAGAGACCUCGCACAGAUACUGCGCAGAGCCGGCAACACACUCAGACUCACCAUCAUACCACGCUCUCACACUAACAAUAAUCUGCCUGAGUAUCCUGACUUUGAUGCUGAGAGUCGGUUAAGAAAUGGGCAUCGUGCCAAGCAAAAGGAUUCCCAGUUUUAUAGCGUUGAUCUUGAGAGGGGGACAACAGGGUUUGGUUUUAGUUUGCGAGGUGGAAGCGAGUAUAACAUGGGUCUGUACGUGCUCGGUCUGAUGGAGGGUGGACCAGCUUCACGCAGUCAGAAAAUACAGGUGAGUGAUCAGCUCGUGGAGAUCAACGGAGACAACACAGCUGGAAUGACACACAGCCAGGCUGUAGAGCAGAUCCGAAAGGGAGGAGCCCGGAUACACCUCGUACUGAAGAAAGGCAAUGGAUACGUUCCAGAUUAUGACCGUGAAGCUGGAGCCGUUUCCCCCUCCUCACUAUUUUCCAAAGAGCCGCGUAAUGCUACAGUGGAUCGCUCUCCUUUGAGGAGCAGCAGAUGGGUGGAUGACAGUGGACAAGAGAGGAGGGGGAAGGAAAGGAGGGAAUCGGGGGGAAAGAGCAGAGGAAGAGGAACAGAGGAAAGCAAGGGGGGCUGGGCGGAGGAUGCUAGUAUGGCUGGUAGCUCCCGGACGGCAGGAAGAAGGAGAGAGCAACAGAUGCAUUCACAGAGUUUACCCCACACACUGAGGACCCAAGAGGGGCCACGGAGAGAAGAGGAUGAGGACAACACACGGGGGGAAAGGAGGACAGAAGAGGAACAACGACGAGGAAGACAAAAAAGUAAUAGCAUUGGAGAGAGAAGAGGAAAAGUGAAGGAUGUUAGUUCAGAGAGAGACAGUGGUCUCCCAACACACCGAAAGAAAGAGAGAGGAAUUGUCAGAAGAGAAAAGAGUGAUCACAACAGAACCAGCACAGUGGAGGUCACACAGCGCACACCUUUCUCCUUCCUAAUGCCUUUGGACAAGGACGAUGAUAGGUCGGGCGUAGAAUCAGCUCGCAGCUUCUCUGAAGUCGGUGUGUCUGCAGCCAGCAUCGCAUUCUCGACGACUCAGCGGCCCCUGGACACCAUCAGCCAUCAACAGGCUCCUGGGUCUCCGACAACAGCCCCGGGACCCUGGCUAGUCCCCAGCCCUCACAAACUCUCUCAGGUUUUAGAGGGGAAAAGCCUGAGACAGAAUAAAUUAGGACUGUGGUCCUAAUCUUAUCUCUUUAAAGGGAUAGUUCACCUGAAACCUCAACCUCAUGACGUUCCAAUUCAGUAUGACUAUUUAUAAGAAUUUAUUUAGAAGAAUUGUGCUAGUUGCAUGUUUUCACAUGAAUAAAUGGGUACUGAAGCAUUUAAGAUUAAAAAAGAUGCAAAAGCACCAAAAAUGGUUCAUGCAACCUGCAUACUAUAUUCCAAGUCUUAUUAAGUCGAUUUUUGUGAAUCUAAAAAAGGAUUUAUUUAUGAUUCUUUGCUACUUCUCUUAUGAAAUGUCAUGAACAUUGCAAAGAGAGCUAUGCAAAGAGAUUUUAGUGAAUAAAAGUGAUUUUAGGGAUUUAUUUUGCGAUUGAAAUCAUAACUUUAAUAGGAAUCCACACCAUCUGGAAUUUGAUGUGACUGAAAGAGUGAAAGAUUUCCCAAUGUGUAUUUCACAACGACUUCAGUUGAUCAUGUGAAUUUGCUACAUUUACCAACAAAAGCCUGCUUGGUGUUUUAGUGAAUUUUGUGUGAGCUGUGGUUCAUACAAAGCUACACUAUUGACAGUAUACAACGGACCUUUUUGCUUGCGAUUGCACUUUAAAAGGAUAGUCCUCCCAAAAAUGAUGACAGUAUUUUCUUUUUUGGGUGGACUGUACCAAACAACUGAGACUGUGAGCUGUUCUUUACACAAAACUAUCACAUAUCAUAUUGACUUUUAAUAACAUUUUAAUGUGAUUUAUUUCUCAAGCCAAAUUAACCCAUUUUUUGAUUGAUGUUCACUUUCAUGUUCCUUUAUUUAAUGCUUUUGCAUCCUUUUCUUAAAAAUUUCUCCUUUCGUGUUUUAUGGAAGAAAAUAGUCAUACAGGUCUGGAACGUUUUGAGUAUUACUAAAUAAUGACAGAUUUGUACACUUUUGGGGGUAAACUAUCUCUUUAACUUUCUCUCUCACACACAGCCUCUUCUUCUCUAUCUCUAUAUCUGUGGUUUUCACUACCAACGUCCCAUCCGUCCCUUUUCUGUCUCAAAUCCUUAUCUAUUUAGUACUAGAAUUGAGAUAUUGGAAUCAUUCAGAUACCGCAUAGGCCUUUCAUCCAGGCCGAUCAACACUUGAGUUUAUCGCCAUCCAAUGGCCAAGGAAAGAAAAUGAGCAAAUGCUGCCAUUACCAUGUGGCUAGCAAGGUCAGUUAGCAUGCGUCUAUGAUUCAUGGUGUCCUUCAUGGCAUGUGUCUGUUUUUCAUAUUUUUAUUUAGCAUAUUUUCCAUUUAUUUUCUUAAGAAUGCAUCAAAAAAUCUAUUAUAAAAAGGAAGAUUUAUUUAAGACAUGGUUGCUGAGCCGUGCCCCUGAAGAGCUACAUAUCUGAAAGUAAACUAGGUUGAAAACAGAUCUUCAGGAGCAGGACUAAGUGAUUUAAGAGAUUUUAUUAGCUGCUUGCUGACUGGACUGUAACCCCUCCCCUGCUAUGUGCGCAGUGUUGGGGGGCAGAACUAAAGUUUUAUUAUAAGGCCAGUAAGCCGUAUCAAACCUCUCCAGGUGCCUUCUGCUUCUUUAGCCAGUGUUUACCAAAAAAAGAGAAACAAAUACAACUAAAAGAACAUAAGACGUAGCAUAGUAGAAAGUUUGCAACACCUUAGUGUUCUGCCUCUUUAACAUCUAUAUCUUUGCAAGACUUGGUCCACGAGUUGAGGAAAAUAUUCUGCACAUGCUUUGCAGAACUUCAACUAAGUGAGUCAAAGUGAAAGAGAGCCAUUACAAGUGCCUCAUGCGAUAUUCCUUUAUACUAGACAUAGAUUUCCCUCAAGCUCAAAAUCACGACCCAAAGUUACAUUUUUUUCCCAUUGUGCUAAUUGUUUUUGCAUUUGUAUGCUUUCCCAUUCAAUAUUUUAGACCCAUUUUAUUGCCCUUGACAUUUCUGAAAAAUCGCAAAAACAAGAAAACGAAGGCCUGUUCAGUCCUCAUCCCCAAGCCCUCCACCAAUCAGCAUCGAGCGUCAUGCGGAAUCUUCAUUUCAGGAGACAAAAAGAAAAAAGAACAAGAAGAAGAAGAAAAAAGGGCAUUUUGAUACAGGUCUUCUAUGCAUUUUGUAAGACUUACUGAUCCGAAAAAUUGCGGUAGGAUUUUUCUACCUAAGAUAUGAGAUUCAUAAUUUUGUGUACUGUUAGAAUACACAGGCAGGUGGUGAAUCGAAACCCAAAAUUUAAAGGAGAGCCGGUGAUAAUCGGACAUGCUGCACCACCAGCUUAUGCAUUGAUCUUUACCUCAGAACUGUCUGAGCAAUAAGUGCUAUCUCUUUCUGUUCGGUGUCAUACCAAGCAAAGCUCGAGGCAAGCUCAUCAGAAAGCUGCGUGAUAGAAAUAUGCACAGUAAAAUCAUCUGCGAUAAAUUAAUUAGAAUGAAAUGCAUCCCUAUAUACAUAUAUAUAUAUAUAUAUAUAUAUAUAUAUUUUCAAUACUACAGCGUUUUAUCAAGUUGAUUUAUAUGCAUUUAAAUAUACAGUAUUAUAUGUCAGAAUUUUAUCCUGCAGAUUUGAAAAACAACCCAAUGUGUUUUAAUUUAUCACUGGAGAUAUUUACUGUGCUGUAACAUAUCAACAAAUGCUAACAUAGAAGAUCGCAUGCGAGUUCUGUUGCCAUACGCAGCCUGUAACAUUUAGCAGUUUGCAAUUCGGAAAAGUGAAACAACGAUCUUAAGUGUUAACACUUGAAAUCAGGGCUUUUACACAAGUAUUACACGGCGUUCAGCUGUACAUCUGAGGUGUCACCUGAAGUUCACUGCUCUCAGAAUCCUCAACCAGCCUGGGUAUUGUUAUUGACUUUGUACCUGAUUAUCCAAUGGGCAUCAGCACGUACAGAAACUGGGAUGAGCCUUCUAAUAUGUUUAGUUUGGGUCUAUAUUUGUGAGGGGGAAGAUUUAGUUUGUUUUACAAAACAUUCAAUCUGUAGCAUUACCCUUACUGUAGCAGGUCUUAUGACAAUACAAGCUUAUUGUACAUAAUUAUAGACCCUGGACAUAUCUUUUGUUUGUUUUUUUGUAAUCUGUAUUCUCGAUUUCCCCAAUGUCUCACAUAUUAGAAAUAUACAGUACUGUCGAGUUAUCCUGAGACACAUGUGGCAUUUUAAACCGAGGUGCCCACUUGCUUGAAGAGAAGCUUGAUGUAUCCAAUGAUUCUUAUAAUUCAAUCUUGCAUGUCUGUAGUGAGUAUACUAGUUGUAAUAGCACUGGCCCUUACAAUGAAAUCAAAUGUCCCCAUGGCAUGAUACUGUAUUCCACAGCCCAGGAGGCCAAUUGCAGUGUUUUAUAGAACAUCUGUUGCCAGUUUCAAAUGAUUCAAAUGUGGAAUCUGAUCUGACAGCUUGAUUGUGGCCCUCUUUUAUAUUCCUCUUCAUGACAUCUUCAACAAUAUGUUAAAAGCUACAGAAAGAGACAAAAAGACCACAAGUAUGAAGUCCACAAAAAUAACAAUUAGCAUGCCCACUGAACAUUUGUCCAGCCACAUAUAGAUUUCCUUGUACUGGAGACAGUUUAGACCCGUAGAUGUUCAAUAGUCAGAGAUGUAUGUAGUCUCAAGGACGAGUCAUACUCUGAGCCAACCGAUAUAUGAAUACAAUGAUGCAAUGUUUUUUUAUAAGAAUGUCUGCAAGGUUCCUAUCAGUGCAAAUGUGCCAUUUAAAUGCUAAUCAAUGAUGUCAUACUCUUCUUCUCUACUGAGAGAAAUCUAGAAUGGCGUUUGACGCUUUUAAACUGUCAAAACACAAAUGGAGUGUUUCAGCUUUGAAUUUUCAACUUGAAUUUGCUAUACGUAUAUUGGCCUUGUAAGGAGUCAGCCAUUGUACAGAACAAGAACAAUUUUAUUUGUAAAGAGGAAAUAAAAGGAGAUGUUUUAUAUUCUAGAAAUA